ACAGAGACAGACGACCAUAAUUACCAUAAAAACAUCACUACAGAAGAAAACGAGCGAGAGAUUUACAGUUUUUCUUGAUUUCACAGGAGUUUUUGAGGUUAUGGUUUUAUUCUAAUGGAUCUAGUGCAGUUUUAUCACCCGGAAUCCUUUUCUUUCCCUUCUGAACAGAACGCCUUCAUGGACAUGAUGUCAGUCAGCGGACACUGUCCCCCCUACAUUAAGACCGAACCAUCAAGUCCCUCCUCCCUGUCAGACAGUCUGACCCAGCACAGUCCCGGAGCCUCAUCAGACGCCGGGAGCAGCUACAGUUCAGGACCUAAAGGAAACCCGGCAGGCCUGGACUCUCCGGGAUCAUACCCGCGCGGCACCCCCUGCAGGCUGCUGGAGGAAGCGCAGUCAAAGGGAGAAUACGGGCUGAGCUCGGGCCCUAAACGCUUGUGCCUUGUGUGUGGAGAUGUCGCUUCUGGAUUCCACUAUGGAGUGGCUUCAUGCGAGGCCUGCAAAGCAUUUUUCAAACGCACCAUCCAAGGGAACAUAGAGUACAGUUGUUCAGUCAGCAGAGACUGUGAGAUCACUAAACGGAGAAGGAAGUCCUGUCAGGCCUGUCGCUUCACCAAGUGUCUGUCUGUGGGGAUGCUGAGAGAAGGUGUGCGUUUGGACCGGGUUCGAGGAGGACGGCAGAAGUAUAAGAGGAGAAUUGACUCUGAUUCCAGUGUUUACCUCAGUGUGCCACUUCCUCACAGAAAACCAGUGUCCUGCAGCGCUCAAGCUGAAAAUAAGGUGGUGACGCUUCUGCUGGGGGCGGAGCCAGAGAAGGUGUGUGCCAUGCCUGACCCCGCCCUUCCUGACAGUGACAUCAAAGCCCUGACGACCCUGUGUGACCUCGCUGACCGAGAGCUGGUGUUGAACAUCAGCUGGGCCAAACACAUACCAGGUUUCUCCAGGCUCUCUCUGUCGGAUCAGAUGAGUCUCCUUCAGAGCGCCUGGAUGGAGAUCCUGGUUCUGCGGGUGGCGUUUCGCUCUCUGCCCUGCGACGACAGGCUGCUGUUUGCGGACGAUUAUAUCAUGGAUGCGGAACAGGCCAAAUGUGCCGGUCUGCUGGAGCUGCACACGGCCAUAUUACAGCUGGUGCGCAGAUACAGAUGCAUGAGUCUGGAGAGAGAAGAGUUCGUCACUCUGAAGGCCAUCGCUCUCGCUAACUCAGACUCGAUGCACAUUGAGGACGUGGAAGCAGUUCAGGGUCUUCAGGACGCCCUGCACGAGGCUUUGCUGGAUUACGAGUGUGUGCAUCACAGUGAGGACCCUCGACGGGCAGGAAAACUCAUCAUGACUCUUCCUCUCCUCCGCCAAACCUCCGCUAAAGCCGUUCGUCAUUUCUGCAGCAUCAAACAGGACGGACGCGUCCCAAUGCACAAACUCUUCCUGGAGCUGCUGGAGGCCAACAUCUGAUCCGAAAGCCCAGUGGACCUGUCAGACUGAGAUGACACGCCACCUCUCGCACACCGUUGGCUGAGGGAGGAUUGGUCACAGAUACAGGGGAAAUUACUUAAUAACACGGGAUAUAUUCCAUAUGGAUACAGUUGCAUAUGUAGUUGAGGUCAAAAUGAUUCACCUCCUGUGAAUUUUUGUUUGUUUUCUAUUUCAAAUAUUUCCCAAAUGAUGUUUAACAGAGCAAGGAAUUUUUGACAGUAUUUCCUACAAUAUUUUUUCUUCUGGAGAAAGUCUUAUUUGUUUUAUUUCGGCUAGAAUAAAAGCAGUUUUUAAUUUUUUUUAACCAUUUUAAGGUCAAUAUUAUUAGCCCCAUUAAGCUAUUUUUUUCUCAAUUGUCUACAAAACAAACUAUUAUGUUUAGAAAUGUGUGGAGAAAAAAAAUAUACAGGGGGCUAAUAAUUCUGACUUCAACUGUUGUUGAGGAUGAUCAAUAAUAAUGUCAAAGGUAUCAAAUAUACUGCACAUGAAGAGACCACUUGAAUGUUUUCUGGAUUUACUCAGUUUGGUAGGUUUUGGGUUUGAGUAAACAGUUCAUGUUUGUUUGUCUAUAAAGGUCUGAUAACAUUUCUUACAGAUAUUUCAAACAGAAAUAUUGUCAUUCAGAGAAUUUUAUCUCUAAAAUGAUUGAAAAUCAGUGGUUAUUAAGCCAAAUAUUGAUUUCUUAAAGGUCUCGUGUAAUUAUUAUUAUUAUUUUUUAAUCUUAGUAUUGGUAACUGCUUAGUUAGUGUUGGUAAUCUGCUUCAACGUUGGUUUUGUGUUGUCUUAAAAUAAAUAAACCUCAUUUAUUUUUGUCAUGUUGACCAUUUAUCAGUCACAGAUGCUUCAGGACAAAACAAAAACAAUGUUUUACUCAAACACAUCUACAGUAUACAUUCAUUGUAAAUCCAGAAAACAGAAUUUUCAUGUGCACUACUGUUCAAAGGGUUUCAUUUCGUUUUAUAAAACAGAAAUGAAUGAAACUGAUCAAAAGCGAUGCUGAAGACAUUUGUAAUGUUACAAAAUGUGCAACAUCUUUCAAACGAAUGCACAUUAGACUGAUUUCUGAUCAUGUGAUGGUGAAGACUGGAGUAAUGAUGCUGGACAUUCAUUACUUUUCAAAUAUGUUCAGGAAGAAAACAGUAAUAGCAGUCGGUGAUGAUCUUUUACAGUAUUACUGGUUUCAUUGCUUUUUCUUAUCAAGUAAAUGCAGCUUUGGAGAGCUGAAGAGACGAAACAUAGAGUUGAAGACAAAAUUAUAUUAUUAUUAUUAUUAAAUUACUUAAUAAUUUAGUAUGGGGCGAUGCAGUGGCGCAGUAGGUAGUGCUGUCGCCUCACAGCAAAAAGGUCACUGGUUCGAGCCUCGGCUGGGUCAGUUGGUGUUUCUGUGUGGAGUUUGCAUGUUCUCCCUGUGUUCGCGUGGGUUUCCUCCGGGUGCUCCGGUUUCCCCUGCAGUCCAAAGACAUGCGGUACAGGUGAAUUGGGAAAGCUAAAUUGUCCGUAGUGUAUGUGUGUGAGUGAGUGUGUAUGGAUGUUCCCCAGAGAUGGGUUGCGGCUGGAAGGGCAUCCGCUGCGUAAAACGUGCUGGAUAAGUUGGCAGUUCAUUCCGCUGUGGUGACCCCAGAUUAUUAAAGGAACUGAGCCGAAAAGAAAAUGAAUAAUUUAGUAAUUUUCAAAGGGGCUAAUAAUACUGACCACAGCAGUUUAAUUAACAAUAAAUAUAAUAGGAAAUACUGUGAAACAUUUCCUUCACUGUAAUGAAUCCUUUGGGUAAUAAAUGGGUUCCACUCAAUCGAUUUGUUGGGACAACAUGAAGGAAUUGUUAUCUUAUUAGUUGUAACGAUGGUUCAUUACACUGUGGCGACCCAGGAUUAAUAAAGGAACUAAGCCGAAAAGAAAAUGAAUGAAUGAAUUAGUUGUUACAAAUGGGUUGAACUUAAAACAAUGAAAGGCUUGUACACACCGGGGCGCUUUUCACUCGUGUUUAUCGUCAACGUUUUUGAAGAUGUUUUUCUGCAUUCAAUCCCAGGUGAUUUUCAUCAGCGUUGAGCAGAGUGAACGCACAAAAUGACCCGCUGACAUUAGAUGGCGCUUAGUGAACGUCAUGUAAGUCAGAAAAGAAGAGAGAAAUGAAACUCCCUAUUAAAUCCUAUUCGCUACUCUCCACUCCUACUGACAUUAUUGUAGCUGCGGUUAUCAUUUAGCUCUUUGUGUUCGGACACAAAUGAAAAAAAAAAAAAACAGCUCCACAUUCAUCUGCUUCUGUGCGUCAUCUUCAUUGAAUGAAAGUGAAACUAAGAUCGCCUCGGCUGUUUUGCACUUGAGCGCCUCCGCGUGGUGUUUACUUUAAGUUCAGCAGCUCCAGGCACGUGAACAAAAGCGCCAGUCUGAUUGGUGGAGAAAACUAGUGGAAUAAAAACAAGCAUGAGGCGUUUUUUAAAAAAAUGACGACUUUUACGCCUGGCGUUUUGCGUGUUGGUGUGCACGAUCACAGUAGUGUCCUUUGUUUAGUCACAAGGCGUUGAAUGUUUUGCAAAAAGCGCCCCGGUGUGAACGAGCGUUAAGUUGUUACUAAAAAACACCUCAAGAAUAAUGUUUCGGCUCAUUUUAAAUAAGUAAUUUGAAUAAACAGCAAACGUAUUUUCUGCUAAACAUCGCU